AAAUCAGAUAGAUGAUGGAACUUCAUGAUAAUAUUAGUAUGGGUAAGAACAUUCGAGAGUCUGUCCUGACCAAGCUCUCUCAGAGACAUGUUACCAUCGAUAGUGCUUCUAUUAUAAAGAACACAUUUUCUGAUGUGAACUUGUCGAAACUAGAUUUCGAGGAUGUUCAUGAGACUUACAAGCCAAUGUUCCACACUGAGGAUUACUCAAAGAACAGAACUAGCGUUGCGAUUGGCUCUUCAAAGCCAAUCGAGAGCAAAUUUGACACUAUUCUACAAGUCUUGAAGAAAUAAAAAGGAAGGUACGAAUGAAAAGGCUUCCUUUAAAACGAAGUUUCGUAGCAGACAUGAUAGCAUCAAUAACUCUAUUAUUAACAUCGGCGUUAAUGUCACAACUGGCACACAUGAUGAAUACGAGGAUAGUCGUGCUACCCUUCCUGAGAUCAGGAGGUUACUUCCUAAGGACUGUGAAAAGAUCAAUGAGUCUUGGGUCUAUGGGGAUCGAGCGAAUCUUCCUACCCAUGAUCUUAAUCGGAGUCUAAAUAGCUACCUUAAUAAAGGUGCAAGUAACUCUAUUUUACCACAUUCAAAGAGACUUCCGAUAUUUAAUAACCAUACGAUAGGAUUGCACCAGAAGUCCUUUAGUCAUAAUCCGUCCCGGGAGACGUUAAAGUUUCAAAAAUAAGUCCCUAAAGCGAAGGAAAUCAAAUAUCUUCUUUGAGGAUUCCUCCGGAGGAAAGUUCUGAAAACUCAAGUCACUAGACACAAGUCCUUUGAUAAAAAUAAAUAAUAUGAAGCGAGUAAAGAAGAAAGGACUUAUUCCGAAAUUCAGGCUCAAGAAGCCACUCCGAUAUCAUGCUGUGAGAGUGAAGAAGCAGGAGAGAUAUAAAUAG